AUGUCUACCCCGCAAGUCCUAUCCCGUAGGGCAAACGGGACCACUUCGACGUCCACGGAGCCCGCGAGCCGAGUGAGCCAAAUCUUCCCCCCUACCCUCCCCUCCCCUCCCCUCCCUCCCCUCCUCGUCGGCGUCGGCGUCGGAGGUGGCCAUGACGGUCACGGCAAUCUGCGUCCCUCAUGUUCUGACCCUAGGCAGGAGAAGUCGGCCGGCAGUGCGAUCAAAUCGAGAUCCGCCAAGAGCAAAGGCCCUGCCGACCGCAGCGGUGAGACCAAGACGGCAAAUGAAGGCGAAAGCACGAGACGAGCAAGACCCAGGGUCCACGAUACGGGAGAGAAGCUCAUCGUCAGACGGCUCCCGCCCGGCAUGACCGAGGCCGAAUUUGUCUCCAUCCUCGGCGUCGACUGGCAGCUGAGCAAGGGAAAGGUAGACUGGUUCAGCUACUGCCCGGGCAAGGUUUCCUCCGAUCCGUCGAAGCCGUCGCGGCCAAGCCGUGCCUACCUUCAUCUCAUUCAAAAAGACGACAUCUUGGCCCUCAGCCAGGUGGUGCGGACUGCGACCUGGGAAGAUGCCAACUCGACCUUUAACAACCCCUCGCUCAUUGGCCCGCCCACGCUCGAGUUCUCGCCCUACAAAAAGAUCCCCGGGAGCAAGAAGCGGGUCGACGCUCGACAGGGCACCAUCGACCAAGACCAAGAAUUCAUGGCCUUUCUCGAGGCUCUCGCCAAUCCGAUUCCGCUCAGGGCCAGCAUAGAUAUUGAAGAGGCCGAUCAAGCGAAGGAGGAGACCAAGGUCACGACGACGCCGCUCGUCGAAUACCUCAAGGAGAAGAAGGCCAAGGGCAAGGAUGGAUCGGGAAGGAACGCACGAUCGGGCGCCAAGAGCAAAAAGGACGACGAGGCUGCCAAGAGAAAAUCGAGGGAGGCGAAAUCGGACAAGGCAGAGAAGGCUUCUCAUGAGACUGUCAAGAUCCUAUCCAAGAAGGCGGCCACGGUGCAGGCGACGCAAGCGUCCAAGAAUGGCGCGGGCCAAAACGCGGCAAACAACGCCGCCGGCGCACCGAAAAGCCGCCGAGCGGGCAUCGCGGCGGCGGCCAGAAUACUCCAACGAGACCUCGGCCUCAGCCCCGGCAGUGCUCAUCGGCGAGCGAGGCACGAUGCCGUCAAGACAGAGGCCGACACGGCUGCGUCGCCGGGCAAAGAGGGAGCCGUCGUGACCGAACCCGCGCCGGCGACGGAUGCUGCCCCCACUGCUUCUCACCGACCAAAGUCCGGGCAGGAGAAUCCCCUGGCGGCAAAAUCUCAGCCCGGUCGCAAGGCUCGUGGGGGCAAGGGUGGGGAGAAGAGCAAGGCGACGGAAGCGACGGUGGCGGCUCCGGCCCCGACUCCCAUCCUGCUCAAGAAGAGAGGCGACGCCGAAGCGGCCGGAGCUCCCGGGUCGAACGCGGAGUCGCGGUCAGCGCAUGCACCCAACGGGAAGGCCACGACGGCCAUUUCGACAAACAGCAGGGAGGGUGGCUCCAAACCCUCGACGUCGAACAGGAAGGCAUCGGCGCCAGUGUCCUCGGGCGCCACUCGGGCCUUUGUCAAGAACGCCAACGCUGCUCAAGGCGUGACCGAGGCCACCCUGAGACAGGCGCUGGAAGCGUUUGGUCCCGUCAGCACGGUAGAGGUGGACAAGCGCAAGGGCUUUGCGUAUGCCGAGUUCACCGAGCAUCGUGCUCUCGUCAAGGCGAUCAGCAGCAACCCGGUUCAAGUGGCGCAGACAUCGGUUCUAGUCUUGGAGCGCAAGGACAAGAAACCGGUCGCCGCUGCGGGCGGAGCGGCAGGGACGACAACUUCGGACAAGGCUCCCAGUCGCGGUCGACGAGGCAGGGGCGGCGGAAACAAGGCUACUGGACAGUCCACACCCACCGCCGCCGCCGCCGCCGCCGCGAACUCGAGUACAGGGGGCUGA